UUUUUACUUUCUUUUAACAGAUGUCACAGUCGGUUAACUCUAUCAAAAUCGAUCCUAGAUGACACGACGUCGUUUAAUCUCAUCUUCUUCCUCUCACCUGCUCUAUAAAAGAAACUCUGUAUUUUAUUAAAAAAUCAACCUUUAUUACUCGCACUCUCUCUCUAGCUCCAAUGGGCUUCCCCGUAGGCUACACAGAGGUCUUCCUCCCGAAGCUCUUCGUACAAACACUCUCAAUCCUCAGUUUCAUCAGAACCGUCGUCUUCUCCCUCUUCCGCUUCUUGGGCCUCUCCGACUUCCUCGAAAUGGACCAAACCUGGCCCGACUACACAUCUAACCCGACCCGAACACCCGAACUCCGCUCCCCCUUCUCCGCCCUACUCAUCCGCGAGAUCUUACCUGUCAUCAAGUUUGAAGACGUGACAACGACCUCCGGAGAAGAUCUGCCGGAGAGCUGCGCGGUUUGCCUCUACGAGUUCGAAGGAGAGCAAGAGAUCCGGUGGCUGAGAAACUGCAGACAUAUAUUCCACCGGAGCUGUCUCGACCGUUGGAUGGAUCACGACCAGAAGACGUGUCCUCUCUGUAGAACGCCGUUCGUUCCAGAUGAGAUGCAAGAAGAGUUUAAUCAACGGCUGUGGGCUGCUUCUGGUGUUCAUGAUUUUCACAGUGAGUACUGUCCCGUGACGGAACUAUAGAGAGACAGAGAGACAGCUUCCUUCCCUCCUCCUUUGUGUCUUUUUUUUUUUUUGACUUUUCACCCCUGUACUUUUAAAUUUGCUUUUUUUCACCCCUUGCUAACAUUAGAUUUGCCACGCUUUUAUGUGUGUAUUGUAAAUAUACAUAUGAAUGAGAUGAGCAAUAAACCUUACCAAAUAAAAAAUGAAAUUAAAACUA